GCUUUCAGCCUCACCAUGUCCUUGGGUGAUGAGGGUGGAGGGAAUGGUGGUGGUGGUGGUCAUGAUCAUCUGCAACAGCACCAGGAGGGGGAGGGAUUUCGGGGGUGCGCAGAAGGUGCUGAGGCAGCAGGAAAUGGAAUAUCAUGCACUGGAUGUCCAUUGUUUGAAGCUGCUCUUCAUGCUGGUCGUAGUCAUAGUUUAGAUGACAGGUGUAAGGAUAAGAAAAAACCUUCUGAUUUUUCUGAUUGUGAGCUCCUUGGUCGUUUAAUUACUGUGGAAACCCAGCGAAUAGGUUUGGAGCAGAAGCUGUCCACCCAACUUCAGCUUUUCUACAGAGAAAGAGAGGAGUUGCAGCAGAGGAGUGAUGUGCUCCAGGCAAAGUGUGACACACUAGAAGACUCCACUUCUGAGCUGCAAGAAAAGUGUGAAGUUUUGCGAAAAGAGUGUGCGGAGUUACAAAAAUGCAGGCUUUCUCUAGAAGAAUACUGCAGAUCUUUAGAGGAGGAAUGUCAGGAACUUAAAAUAUGCUGCAGAUUGCAAAGAGAAGAAUUGGAAUCAGCAAAUUACAGAAACUUAGCAUUAGAGGAUCAUUGUGACUCUUUGCCAUCAGCCUUGUUUGUGCAAAAAGGUGCUUGUAGUGAAAAAGAAGAGACAGCUAAAAGAUUGCACCUUGAAAAGAAAUGUGAGAUCUUGCAAGAAGGCCAUGGAAUACUUGGUGAGAAGUGUUCUUCUUUAAGAGAACACAUUUCAGAAAUGCAAGAGGAGAAAGAGGACAUCGUAAUAUCUGAGAAAAAUGAAAAGCUAAAACAAUUUUUGGAAAUGAAGAUUGCAGAACUAGAAGAAAAGUGCAGAAUCCUAGAGGCAAAUUUGAAAUGGUUAGAUGCAGAUAGGAGUUCUUCAGAGAGUGAGAUUCAACAUCAGCAGAUGGUGAAAAAGUACUAGACAGUUGUGGAAGUACAGAUGUUAUGCUGG